UGAGCGCGCGGACGGCGUCUGUGUUUUAAAAUGGCUGAAAAAAGAAACGAAGUGUGAAUAAAAACGGACGAACUGCGACCUGCGGCGCGUUUCUGACGGGGCAGACCGAACCGACCCGAACAGCACCGAACAGGACCGAACUGAACUGCACCGACCUGGAGCGGCCGCUGCUGGUCACAGAGUCCAAUGAAGUGCACCAGGGUUCUCCACGUCCUGAGUCCUCGUCCAGGGACUCCGUCUCCCAUGAUGCCUGUGGAUGUGGCGGUCAGGUUCUGUCUGGCCAGCUCUCCUCCUCUGCACUCCUUCCUCAGUAACUACGACAGCCGCUGCUCGCUGUCGGCCGCCACGCUGCGACCCUGUCUGUCCUCCGAACAUGGCGGCAACGUUGCCACGGUAACCAUGACAACAUCUUCAGCGGCCGCAGAGAGCAACGACAGCAGCGAGGUGAGGAGGAAGAAGAAGAGCGUGGUGUUCGCAGACUCUCAGGGCUUGGCGCUGACCGCCGUCCACAUGUUCGACGAGGACGAGCUGCUGACCGAGCUGCAGUUCCACCUGACCGAGAUAGAGGGCGCCGCCGCCGGACUGCACCUGGAGGACCCUGCAGACUCGGCAGACUGUGGUUCUGUUCUGGUUCUGGACUUUACUCCACCAGCUGAAGACUAUCUGGACCUGAGGAACCGGCUCAAAGCACAGCAGGUGUGUCUGGAGACGUGUUCUGUGCAGGGGCGCCUGCUGGCUGGUUCUGUCCAGGUCCGGAACGUCUGCUUUGAGAAGAGCGUGUCGGUUCGGAUCACCUUCAACUCAUGGCGCUCCUUCCAGGACGUUCGCUGUCAGUACCUGAACAACGUGUACGGCUGCUCCGACACCGACACCUUCUCUUUCUCCGUCUCGGUGCCAGAGCUUCUCGAGCCCUGCAGCAGGGUGGAGUUCUGUAUCCAGUACCAGACCCGAGACCAGACGUUCUGGGACAACAACCUCGGGAACAACUACCGCCUGGUGGUGUCAGAUCCGAACGGGUGCCAGAGAGCUGACAGUCCAGCAGGGCUGCAGAACCAGCGGGGAGGGAAUAGGGAGCAGAUGGAGUUUGACCCAUUUGGAAGCCCACGGACCUCAGCAGGGAUCUUUCCUGAGUGGCAGAGCUGGGGGCAGAUCGACAGCAGCGCCCCCUACUGGUGACAGCAGCUUUUAAUGACAUUUAUAUUCCAGAUACUAAGAUUCACAGCAUCUGCACACGAGCACUGAAGCCACCUUAUUCCCUCUGGAUGCAUCCAGAACACACUGAGCCCUGCUUCACUCAAGUCACCUGACCAGAACAUGGAUCACUGUGACUCUGUUUCAGACAGAUGUGACCUAGAUGGAGUGUAAGGAAAACAGGAAGUUUGAAUCAGGAUGUCCCGAUCUGAUCCGAGUCAUUUGAUGUUUCUGCUGAUUGACAAUCUGAUACCAUUUACGCACAAGGCUGUUCCUCAAUGUUCUGUAGAUGUUCUUGUAGUAAUGCUUCAGUAGAACCCUGUCCAAUUGUAGAGUUA